CGCGCUAAAAAUCGGCGCGCAAUUUGCCAGUCGUUUUAUAAGCAGUCAGACAACGGAGUGUAUGAAGCAUUUCACGGGAGGAACUCCCUUGUCCACUUGGACCUGCAUUUGCCGUGGAUUUUCGCCAUUGCCAGAAAGAGAAUUUCAAGCUUCGGGGAAUACGUAUCCUGUUUCGUCUUAUCGUCUUACUGGUUCGGUUCGUACCCUAAAGAAGCAGUAAACGGAGCAGUUUUCAAAAUCUUCAAGGAUACCAAAUAUUUUCUUUCGUUGAGAUCAUCGCGGCAGAAAUCAUAAUUCAGAAGGUAAAAUUGUCAGUUGGUUUCUUUUCCAUUAACAAGUGAAACGAAAUUAUUGAACCGAUUCUAACAUCAGCACGAACUCGGUCCUCUUCUGAAGAUGGCGACUAAAUUCCCUGAGGAUUUCACACGGGAUGUCCUGUGCUGCAUGAUCUGUUACAGCGCCUUCAGGACGCCCCGCCAGCUUCCCUGCCUCCACACCUUCUGUGAAGAAUGCCUGACCAAGCACUACCACAUCUACCGAAUACAGCUCAACGCAAUAAAAGGGAAAAUACCUUGCCCGACGUGCAGGGAGGUGAUUACGCUGCCGGAGAACGGUAUCUGCGGAUUCAGGCACGAUUUCAAAGUCAUGAAAUUUGCGGACAUUUUGAAGGACUUGGACACUGAGCACGGCUGGACGAAGGCUUGUCAGGUCUGCAAGCUUUCCGAGUCCGCAGUAGAAGCCGACUUAUUUUGCAACGACUGCGGGAAGUACUUCUGCACGCCUUGUUUUAAGAUCCACCAAGAUAUAGCUGUGUUUGCGGGGCACGAGUCUUCUAAACUUAACGCACGUGGUUCUAAAAUCAUCUGCAAGGACCACGCAACUGAGAUGGAGAUGCUGCGGUUCUUUUGCGAUGUUUGCGAAAUCGGGGUCUGUACUCUGUGCGCCCUGACGACCCACAAGACGCACAAAGUCAUCGAUAUCUAUACUGGAAUAAAUAGACAAAAAGACAAACUGCAAAUGGCAUUGAGUAAUAUUCAAGGCAAAGUCAAGGAACUUGAUACCACGAUGAAGGUUUUGGCUGAAGAACGGCAGACGAUGCAUCCCGACUUUGAACGAUUGAAAUCGGAAAUUGCCGAACACGCCCGAAGGCGAAUGGCGGAUAUUCGCGAAGAAGAAAAGAAACUCCAAGCCGAGCUUAUCAGCCGUGAGAAGAAGAAGGGUACAUUUCUGGAGGAAGAAAUAACUGAGGUCUCCAACUGCCUGAAAGGCCUCCGUGAUCUUGACAGACAAACCCGAGACCUUUUCACCACUCAGAACGUCAGUGCCUCCCGUCUGCUGGCGAACUGCGAUGAACUGCAAAAGGACAUCUCCUGUGUAGUCAACCUCAGGCCAACUUCGCAAGCUCAUGGACCAGGGAUGAACACGGUUAAAUUCAGCCCAGGUAUGAUGAUCCUUGGGACUCUUGAAGAGACACGUGAGCACCGGCCCGAAAGGAAGGUUUCCGUUGCCAAGACCGGGAAUGCACAGUCAUUAGCUGAACAGGGAUCACCUCGGCCUGUCAGAGAGGCAGGCAGUGUUAAACAGCUGUACAUACCGUGAGCGAUGGAUGGACGAACCUACCCGCAGCGAUGGGUUAUACCUAGCUAAGACACUCGUCUUGACUUCCUGACGCUAGAAAUAUCAUCUGUAAUGGCAUGAUCUUACGAUUUGUACGGUGACAAGGAGGAAACGCACAGUACAACUGAGUACAUCCGACGAACAUACAGAAAUGGGUUGAAGUCAUGCAAUUGCUGAACUUGAAUUUUGAAGUGUACCAAUUGCGCGACUUCAAAAUUCACAAUUUGCCAUAUCCCCCGUCGUGACCUUGACUCACUCCCACUCACCUCCUUGAUUCGGGCUAUUUCUGACACUCUUCGAGCAAAUUAGUGAAAAAAUAACAAGCAUUCCCAGAGGUUG